UCCAUAGAAGUUGCAAAUCAAACAUACGUAGAAGAAUGUACUGUUGGUCUUUCUAUUUAGUGGUGCAGAAGUGAGGAGACAUGUGCUAUUGCAGGUGUCAUUUGAAGAUGUGGCUGUGGACAUUACUCAGGAGGAAUGGCAGAGCAUGGACAAUACUCAGAGGACCCUGUACAGGGAUGUCAUGCUUGAGACCUAUAGCAAUCUGCUGUCCGUGGUAACAGGGUACUACAUAACAAAACCUGAUGUGAUCUUCAACUUGGAACAAGAAUCAGUACCAUGGACAAUGGAAAAAUCUGUUAACCAGCAGCUUCCAGAUCCUUGCAGAAAGAAUGAGCUGCUUGGAACUAAUCAGGAAAAUCAAGAAACCACCUUCAGGCAACCUGAUGAAAUGUCACUUGGGAAUAAGCAUGCCUCUGAUGUUCCUGAGAACAAACUCCAAUGUGGGGAAAAUCUCAGUCAGCAUGAUGAUACGGACACUUGUAAGCAGUGUUUUGAACACAAUGGGAAAGGAAAAACUUUCAGCAAGAAGACGUUCCUUAAGUGUGAAAAAAUUUGUAUCAAAGACCCAUGUAAUGACCCUCUCAUUGUAGGAGCAACAAUUCAGGUUGAGAAGAAAAUGUUCCAUAGCAAUCUGUAUUUUGGCAAGCAUCAACAAACACACUCAGGAAAGAAAUUCCAUGAACAUUUCAAGAGUGAGCAAUGUAUUAGUAGUAAAAGAGAGCUCAAAAUAAAUCAGAUAAUCCAAACAGCAAAAAGUCACUAUAUAUGUCGCUACUGCAAACAGUCUUUUAGCUGUAAAUCUUGCUUUACCACCAAACAGAGAAGUGACAUAGAAAGUUUCUGUGUAUGCAAUGAAUGUAAAAAAAACAUAUACAAGAAAUCAGAACUCGCUAGAGAUAAGAUACUUCCCACUGAGGACAAACCGUAUGAACGUAAUAAACUUGUGAAAUCCUUUUGCACUCAAUCAGGUCUCAUUAGACAUCAGAGAAUUCACACAGGGGAAAAACCCUAUAAAUGUAAUGAGUGUGCAAAAACCUUUUUCAAGCAAUCAAUUCUCAAUAAACAUCAGAGAAUUCACACAGGGGAAAAACCCUAUAAAUGUAAUGAGUGUGGAAAAACCUUUUUCAAGCCAUCAGUUCUCAUUAAACAUCAGAGAAUUCAUACAGGGGAAAAACCUUAUGAUUGUAAUGAAUGUGGGAAAUCUUUUUGUCAAAAGUCAUCCCUGAUCAUACAUCGGAGAACCCACACAGGUGAAAAACCUCACAAGUGUAGUGAGUGUGGGAAAGCUUUCUGUCGGAAGUCACAUCUAAUCAUGCAUCAGAGAAUCCACACAGGGGAAAAAGCUUAUGAAUGUAGUGAGUGUGGGAAAGCCUUUUGCCAGCAGUCAGGUCUCAUUGUACAUCAGAGAAUUCACACAGGGGAGAAACCUUAUAAAUGUAGUGAGUGCGGAAAAGCUUUUUGUCACAAGCCAUCCCUAAAUGCACAUCAGAGAACCCACACAGGGGAAAAAGCUUAUGAAUGUAGUGAGUGUGGGAAAGCCUUUUGCCAGCAGUCAGGUCUCAUUGUACAUCAGAGAAUUCACACAGGGGAAAAACCUUAUAAAUGUAGUGAAUGUGGAAAAGGUUUUUGUCAUAAGUCAUACCUAAUCACACAUCAGAGAAUUCACACAGGAGAAAAACCUUAUAAAUGCAGUGAGUGUGGAAAAGCUUUUUGUCACAAGUCAUACCUAAUCAUACACCAGAAAAUCCACACAGGAGAAAAAGAUUAUGAAUGUAAUGAGUGUGGAAAAGGCUUUUAUCAGCAGUCAGGUCUCAUUAGACAUCAGAGAAUUCACACAGGGGAAAAACCUUAUAAAUGUAGUGAGUGUGGAAAAGGUUUUUGUCACAAGUCACACCUGAUCACACAUCAGAGAAUUCACACAGGUGAAAAACCCUACAAAUGUAGGGAGUGUGGAAAAGCGUUUUGCACACAGUCAGUUCUCAUUAGACAUCAGAGGAUCCACACAGGAGAAAAACCUUAUAAAUGUAGUGAAUGUGGAAAAGCUUUUUGUCAAAAGUCUCACCUAAUCAUACAUCAGAGAAUUCACACAGGAGAAAAACCUUAUAAAUGUAGGGAGUGUGGAAAAGCUUUUUGUCAAAAGUCAUCCCUGAACAUACAUCAGAGAAUCCACACAGGGGAAAAACCUUAUGAAUGUGUUGAGUGUGGGAAAGCCUUUUGCCAUAAAUCAGACCUAAUAAAUCAUCAUAGAGUUCACACAAGACAGAAACUUUUUCAAUAUGAUGAGUAUGGAAAGUCUUUUUGCUAGCAGAGUUAUUACAUGAGCAAAUUCUCAUGCCUGAACAGUGUUGAAAAAUUGAUACACAAAAGAUUGAUUUUAAUAGAAAGCAAAAACUGACAUAGGUUUACAA